UGUUCAUGUAUUUGUUUUCGUCACCACUGCGGCGGUGGGAGGUUUCGCUUGUGAUUGCAGGAAAAAAGGACAGUGAAAUUAUUAAUUAACCAUGAGCACCCUAGAAAACACGCUCCAGAUUGAGAUUAAGCUGGAAAAGGAAAAGACCAAUCAAGCUCUGCUAAAGGACCAUGUCGAGAAGUAUUCCGAACUCACGCAAUCCAUGUCCAAGAUUCUGAACUCGUUCGAACAGCGGCUGGGAAAGCUGGAGCACACCAUACUGCCCGUGUACAACAUUACAAAGAACCUACAAAAGCAGCAGCAGAAUCUAGACAGCACGCUGCAGUGUAUGGAGCAGGUCCUGUCGCACUACGAUGCUUCGCAGGAUGUGUGCAAUCUGAUCCACCAGGGGCCGUCCGAGGGCAACAUUGGGUCGUUUUUGGACGGGUUGAACAAGCUGAAGAAGGCGAAGGACUACUUCCUCAACAACAAUCCGCAGAGCGUGGAGCUGGAGAACGUGACCAGCCUGUUCAACAAUGGUUGCGAAACGUUGAACAAUCACUUCAAAUCGCUGCUGAAGAAGCACAACGCUCCCCUGAAGCCGGUGGACCUGCUGGACAUGAUCUACAUCGAGGAGGAUUCGUCCAACGAGGACUGUCCCUCGAUCAAGCAGGUGCCGCCAAGUGCGCGGGAAGAGCUGAACGUGAUGGCGCAAUGGCUGGACAACAACUUGCGCCGCGAGUACGUGCAAAUCUUUGGCGACGAGCGGUCGGAGGUGAUUAUGCGAUCGUUGCAGAACUUGAAAGACCACCAGAAGAGCGGUAGCUGGGGCAACGAGCCACUGCGCACCAGGCACGGAUACGGUCGGGCGGAAGCGGGCAUCAAGAAGACAACCUCGGCACGGUUGCAGCAAAUCUUCGAACGGAAGGCCAACAAAAUGUUCAUGAAAGCAUCGCAAACGCUCGGCCAGUCGGCGGGACUGGCGAUGCGAAAGAACUCCUCCUUCGGCGACAUCCUGGCGGCGGAAGAGUACGGCAACGACAACGACCAGGAGCUGGAGAAGUAUCUCGUCCUGCUGCUCGGCCUGCAGAAGUUGCUCGUGUGGGAGCGACAGCUGCUGAACGACAUUGUGCCGCCGUCCCGCCACAACGAGGUGUUUUCCCGCCUCUCGCAACCAUCGAUCGAGAUGGUGGUGAAGGAUGCGGAGCAGAUCACCUCGAAAGUGAUGCGCAGCAUCGGGCGCAAGGAGUGGUCCGCUGCGCUGGGCAUAUUUUCCGCCCUCAAGCACGUGCAGAUACUGCAGCCGGACAUCGACCGCAUCUGCGACAGUACGCAGAAGCAGCAGCUGUCGGGUGUGCUGAACCGGCUGCAGCAAACGGCCUCCAAGGCGCUGGAGCAGUUCAUCGAAUCCGUGCGCAACGAUGCCGGUGGUGGCGGCAUGGUCAGCAUGACGUCCAGCACGAUCAGCUACGGCGGCGGGUCGAGCGUGCCGCGCGAUGCGACCGUGUACGAGCUGACGUCCAACACGAUCUGGUUCUUGGAGCAGCUGCAGGAGCAUUGUGACACGAUCGGGGGGCUGCUACAGACCGAGGCAAUCUAUACGAACGAUCUCGAUCGUAUCGCGUCACAGAAAGCGCUCACCAUGGAGCAGAAAAAUAAGGCCCUGCUUGGCAUCUACGUCCGCAAAGUGCUGGCCGAGUUAAACUACACGAUUGCAACGAAAUCGGAACAGUACAGUGAUACCGCCACCAAGCAGCUGUUCAAGCUAAACAACACGCACUACAUCUUGAAAUCGCUGCAACGGUCCAGCCUGAUCGAGAUCGUGGCACUGACCGAGCAUGACUGCGAGCGUCGCUACCAGAAGAUGAUACAGGAUCUGAAGAAGGCGUACCUGGGCUCGUGGUCGAAGAUGCUCUCCUUCAUUCACCCGCUGGACGACAUGCCGCGGCCGAUCAAUGGCAAGGUGAAGGACAAGGAGCGGGCCACCAUCAAGGAUCGAUUCUUCAACUUCAACAAGGAGCUGGACGAGGCGGUAAAAAUACAGCGAGCCAUUUCCGUGCCGGAUGUGCUGCUCCGGGAGGGCAUCAAGCGGGACAAUACCGAGCACAUCGUGCCGAAGUACAAUGCGUUCUUUGAAGGAUAUUCCGAUGUGCAGUUUAGCAAGAACAUCGACAAGUACGUUAAGUACCGCCCAUCGGAUGUAACAACCAUGUUGAACAGCUUUUUCGAUGAUACUGUUUAAAAUGUAUUCCAAACUAGAUUUAGCUAACAGAACAGUUAAUACAUAUUUAUGAUAUUGAAUCUUACCAAA